AUGCAUCCCCUGCGGGCCGCGGAGGGACAGUUCGGACCGGAGGUGUGUGAGCCCGGGCUGAAGGGCUGGAGGGUGGAGCAGAUGAAGGCUGUGCCUUUGAACCCUUCACAGCUGGGUGUGUUCUACACUGGGGAUGCCUACCUGUUGCUUAGCAACCGUGGGAGGGAGGGGAUUGACAUACACAUGUGGAUGGGUGAGAAGUCAUCACGAGAUGAGCAGGGGGCAUGUGCGAUGCUGGCGACCCAGUUAGAUCACUUCCUGGGGGGAGACCCUGUGCAGCAUCGGCAGGUGCAGGGUUUUGAAUCCCCAGAAUUUAUGGAUCUUUUCCCCAGUGGGAUCAGCUACAAGGAGGGAGGUGUGGAGUCUGGGUUUCGGAAGGCCCGGCUGGGCUUUGGUCCGGUCCGGCGGCUGUAUCAGGUGAAAGGGAGGAAGAAUGUUAGAGCACGUGAAGUGGAGAUGAGCUGGAACAGCUUCAAUAAAGGGGAUUGUUUUAUACUGGACCUUGGUGAGAUCAUCGUGUCAUGGACUGGCUCCCAGUCUAACAUGUUUGAGAGACAGAAGGUUCGGGAGAUUGCUGCUCUGAUCAGAGACACAGAGAGAAAUGGAAAAGCUCACAUCACACACACUGCUGAGGGAGAGGAACCUCUGGAGAUGAUAGAGGUUCUUGGUCCAGUGCCUGCUCUCAGAGAGAGCUCGGCAGAAAAUGACACUGAUGCAGACAUUUCUAACACUGCCUCCCUCUAUAAGGUGUCUGAUGUGACAGGCUGUAUGACUCUGAGUAGAGUAUGUGACAGAGUUCCAUUUGAGCAGGAACUCCUGCACAGAGAGGACUGUUUCAUCCUGGACAACGGAGCCAACGGAAAGAUCUUCAUCUGGAAGGGGAGUGGAGCCAAUGAGGAGGAAAGGAGAGUAGCCCUGAAGGUGGCUGAUAAUUUCAUCCAGCGAAUGAACUACUCUGCUAUGAGGACCCAGGUGGAGAUUCUUCCUCAGGGUCGUGAGUCCAUCAUCUUUAAGCAGUUCUUCAGGAGCUGGACUUAG